AUGGGGAUACAUGGGGAUAAGAAUUAAGUUGCCAAUUGUUUUGACUGCUUGAGUAACUCCGAGGGGUGUUUCUGCAGGUCUCCGGGCAUCGCCUAUAAAUAGUUUGUGCAUUACAUUACAUAUUCAGUCCAAUUUUCCGUCAGGCAGACUUCCAUCUGAAAAUAACACAACAAAUGAUAGGCUCAUCUGAAACAUUGGAAGUAUACAGAAGUCAUCCUGUUAAUCUAGCUAGUAUGAGUUUAGUACCGAGAUACAAUGCAGUCAGUGAGAGAUGCGAGAACCUCUCCGAAUCUAGUUGGACGUCGUCCCCAGUGCGCAUGGGAUACUCUGCCCCCAUGCUUGUUCCCCAGGUCCCCAGGCAUAUGUCACCACCGCCACCCCCUGUGGAUAUGGCUGUUUGCAAUGAUCUGUGGACAAUGACAUCAAGCGUUGUUCCAGGUUCCCUCAACGAUGACGGCCUGUUACCAACCUUAAACAGCUGUUCCUCCCAACCGGACGAUGAGGUUUCCGCAAAUACCUGUUCCCUUCAGGAUCUGACCACAUCGCUCCCGGAUCAGGGUCAUCUGCGCAGUUCAAUCUCCACCUCCCUACCACAUAUUCCAGUGUGGAACGAUGCAUGCUGGAACUCGAAAAGGACGUCUCCAACGCAGUAUCCUCAAGCAAGUAAGCUCUCGACUCCAUCCACCAUGGGCAAAAUGUCCCGAUCGGCCAUGUUAACUUCCUUACAGGACUUGCCAUCCGAUGGUGGGCGAAUCUCCUUGCCAUUUCAGCAGCCAUCCUCGAAGAAGGGAACAAAGGACGCUUUGCCGAACCUACAAAUCUCCAAUGUCCUUUGUUCACCACAAACAACACCACCAGUCUCCUUUCCGGUGGACGCGGAUACAUUCGCCAGGUGGACAUGUUUGGAAACCUCAGGCAGAUGCCGAACACGGGAGCGAAUCACAGUCUCAACAACUCGGCGGCCAGCUCCCAGCCCUCAGAGCCCGUCGAGGGGGGUUUGCAGAGUGCAUGGAUCUUCGGACACCAUCCGUACAGGCCCCUACUUCCAAUGCCAAGCAUGCACCAGAAUCCUCUCAGCGUUCUUCUCCUGGAACAUCUACCCAAACAUCGUCGAGAAGUCUCACUUACUGGCGCAGGUUGGCAUGGACAAGGUUCAGCUUGAAAAUUGGUUCACCAACCGCCGGCGGGAGCUGAAAAACAAACUUCAAGCGCAAGUGCCUGUGGUAGGCCAUUCUGGUUGCUUCCGGACACAUGAGAAAACGGGAUGACAGUGAAGUGCGUGUGGCGUUACGCGUUUUAGUAAAACUGAUUUUCGAAAAGGCACCGUUUCAGCGUCUGUAAACCAGUGUGACUAAGACCUUUGUUGGUGUACCUUGGAUGCGUCUUCAGCCUUCAGUCAUUUCGCCUCAAGAGCGAAACUUGGCCCACUCGGCCACUCACUGUGCUUUAGGAUAAUACAAUCACGUCAGGAUUCUUAGAGCACGUUGACAAUCCGCUAAGCAUCAUCCGAAGCAAGGCAUCGCGCCACGGGAUCAGCAGCAAGCCAACAUUGAGCAAAACUGAGCUGUUAAUGGGUUGCUAGGAAGGGAAACAAUAUCGGUCAUCUAUCUCUGCCAACCCGUGCAUCUACAAGCCAUGACUACAGCUUCCCAGUGAGUUCAGGAAAGUCAUAUUCCUGCCACCAGCUAUCACGGCCAUGAACUCAAACAAGGAGUGCCAUGCACUCUAGAGCAUGGCUGCAUGCACUCCAACACCAAGGAAUAGAUAUGGGCUCAUCACUUCAAAGUGCUAUUGGCAUUUUUAGUGUUAUCCGUAUCAGGGAGAUGCAUCCAAAUGGCUUGGGUACGACUAACUAAUGCAGUACCCGUACACGUACAUGUACAUGUACAUUGUACCUGUAUCUUCGUUAGUGCAUCGUGGCAAUACAGUCAUCUCUAAAAGGUGCCCAAUUGAAGAUUAUUGGUUUUGUAAUUUGCGACAAGGUUUCAGUGGCGUGCUUUUUCUUUACGCAUUGCAUAACACAAUACUGCAAUCAUGAAUGCGUAUCAUAUUGAAUUAUUGAUGUUUCUUCUUAUCUGUCUAAGUAGUAUUUUAAUUCAUCAAAAACACUUUCCUCCAUGCAAUCGCAAUCUUGGCAAGACUUUCAGUCCGCGUAUAGGGAAGAUGCAGCAUUGUUUUCCUCAGCAUUAUAAAUUUAUAAUGGAUCGUCUUCAUGGAUUACCAUGGAUCUGAAAACAUACUUCAAAUCCACUCCCGACUACCGGCAAUGCAGUACCUGGUUGGCAAGCAACUAUUAUUAAUCUUGUUGCUCCUUUGCCUCUUCUUACGCAAGUACUAGGCAUUGGCGGAUAAUGCUCGAAAAGGUGGCAGAUUCUGCUCGAAAAGCAGUGAAAUUGGCAGAACCAUACAAACCUUAUGGCGGGCAAUUCCUCGAAUUCUGCUCCAUUUCUUUAUCC